UCGCUUACUUGUAAGGCCACGUCUCCCAGUCCUUGCUUAUAUCCAACUUCUUAUAUAAAUGCGCCCCCACGUCUCCUAUUGCAAGAAGUGCUCUCUCUCAAUCUCUGUAAAUUAUUGGAUUCUGCUACUGCUGACCAAAGGCUCCAUGGAUAGUAGCUUCUCUUCUGUUUCUACUCAAGAUUAUUAUGAUCAAGAUCGACAUCAAGAACAAUAUCAUUAUCAAGAUGAUGGUGAUCAAGAACACCCUAAAGAAACUACCCACUCUGAGGCUACGGUAAUCAAUCUCAUAGACUCUCUCAAUGCAGGAAGUUGGUCCACUACUCGGAAGAGAACGUUCUGUUUCUGUGACUCUUCUUGUUUGAAUCAUGUGAAUCAAAAGAUUCUUGAAAGAAUUCCUACCAUGAUUCUUCUUAAAUCUAUGGGUUUUGCCAAAAAGAAUAUAUCGGAUGUUUUGCGAGACAUGGGGAACGAGAAGAUGAAGCAAAAUAUUGAAGAGACGGUGCAGCAGUGGUGUUCAACGAAUAACUCCGACACUAUCUCGGAGGAAUCGGCUGCUACUCCUACUGAUAGGAGGAAGAAGAGAUGUACUGAUAUGGGAGUCCUUAAGAAGUCCAUGAAGAAGAAAAAGAAGAUGGAUAUCAAGUUAAAAAGCCUAUCAGAAUUGGUUGAUUCCAAGGGUUCUUAUGUAUGCAAAGAAUGCAACAAAGUGUUUGAUGAUUUCCGUGCACUUGGUGGCCAUACAGCUUCUCACAACAGGAACAAGAAGGCGGAGAAUGCGCCGUCGGAGGAAUUAGGGACGGGAGGAGGAGAUUUAGACAGAGGUUCAAGUUUGGCAGAACUAGCAGUUGAUAACAAAGGGAAGAGAUAUGAGUGUGGCAUGUGUUCAAGGAGGUUUUCAACAGGGCAGGCGCUUGGAGGUCAUAAAUCUUAUCACCGGAAAACGGCCUGUGGUGAAGUUCAAGAGGUCUCCGGCGAAGGAACUGUCCCUGCAAAAGAUGCAGAUUUAAAAUUUGAGAUUUGAAUGCCCCUCCAGAUGAGUUGGCGUAGAGUGCUUAAUCCAUAGGGUAGUGGUAAUACAGGGUAUUAAUUCAAAUUUUUGUAGGGUAGAGAUAAUACAGAGUAUUGGUUCAAAUUUUUUUGCUGGGAAAGACAUUGGUUU